UCGAAGUUGCUGCGAAAUAGUAUCUCAAAAUAGUUGAUGAUUCAUUUAAAAACGAGUUUAACUUCUGAUAAAAAUGUGUUCAGUAAAACUCGAAACAGUUUGUGACUUUCACUGAUAAUUCAUAUUUAAGACAGCAGAAACGGAACAUGUCUGGUUGUAUGAGCAUUGCUGGUGCUGAUUGAGCUACCUCUCUGAUAUUAAUUAACUACAGUUUGAUAUUUGUAGCUUUUCAAAUGCAGCUGAAAUAUGUUUUCCUUUGAUUAAUUCAAGUCAAUGGCAAAAAAAAAAAAAAGGCGCAAGAGAUGUUUUAUCUUUCAUUUCUAUUCAACGUAAAGCUUAUUUCUCUAAUUGCUAAGCUGAAAGGAUAUCCGGUGGUCAUUUUUUCAGGUCAGAUUAAUUUGGUGCGGAAAUAUCUGGAAUUUAAAAUGCUUAUGUAGAUAAAGAAAUUGCCUGCCACACAUUACGUCCAUAUUCACGCAGAAGUACUUCAAGAGAUCAGUUUCUGUGUUAAUUGAAAGGGUACUCAAAAUUCAAAUCAAAAUGUGGUUCCUCUUUUUUGCAUAUUUUUUUGCAUUCUGCUCAGAUGAUACGUAUUUAAAGAAGGUGUUCAACACAUUUAGGUCAGUCUGAUUCUGAUAUGUGUGAUGAAAGCCCCUACAUUAAGUGCCAGGCAGUACAUCGUGGUGAAAAACCUUUUCCAGUGACUGAAGAACAAUUCGCGGAGUUUUGCCCGUUAAUUAUAAGAUACAUUGAUUGCAUGGAUAAAUAUGACAAAUCUUGUGACGUGGAAAUAUUUUCAGUCCCCGGACAAUACGAAAGUAUUAUUCGUCUCGUUGUUGAUGUCUGUGACAGAAACACUCUUCUCCAUAACGUCUUUGUGGAAAGUCUUCCGUGCUAUCAGGAAGUACUGAGCAAUCUCGACAAAAAUUGCUUCGAGCCGAGGGCUGAGCUCCAUCAUGCUGUAGAAGCCCACAUGGCGUCGGAAUUAUUGAAUAUAACGGAUGAAGCUAAUGAAAGAUCUGAAAUUUUGAGACAAUACAGCUUGAUGUGUCUGUAAGUAUAAUUUUAAUCACAGU